UUGAUGGAUUCGAACAGCUUAAAGACCAAUUCGCCUUCUUCUUCCAAAAGCAGAAAGAGGCAGCAGCAGCAGCAGGAGCAAGGAACGAGGUUCUUGGGAGUAAGGAGGCGGCCAUGGGGUCGAUACGCAGCCGAGAUAAGAGAUCCUUCCACUAAAGAAAGGCAUUGGCUUGGCACAUUCGACACGGCCGAGGAAGCUGCCUUGGCCUAUGACCGUGCCGCUCGGUCCAUGCGCGGCUCCAAGGCUCGAACCAACUUCGUUUAUCCCGACAUGCCCUUCGGUUCAUCCGUCACCUCCAUAGUCUCCCCCGAUGAAUCACACCACGACUUUUUCUCCAUUGAUAUUCCACCUUUCCAAAACGAUGGGAACCAGAAGCAGCUUUUCUUCUCUACUCAAGACCCUUUCACUGCGUGCCAGUUCUCUUCCGGGUGGAUCCAAGAGACUAGCAAUGGCACAGUCGAUUCUUACAGGCCCAUCACCGGCAUCAUGGAUGUCGGAGACGGUGGUUCAAGGCAGUUCGGCCAUGAUUCCGAGCUUCCACCUUUGCCUCCGGAUGUCUCAUCCGGAUUUGAUAUGAGCUGUGGAAGUUGGAAUGAAACAGGGUUUUUCGGGUUCUCGGAUCAAACUGCGUACGGAUUUGACUCGGGGGCGAGUGGAACCUUUAUAGGCUUGAACUCUGAGGCGGAAACCACCGCGUUUGAUUUGAGUUCAUCGUCAAGUUACUUUCUUUAAAUAACCGCCAACAGAAAUAAUCAAGAGUACUGCAACUACUAGCGUCCUUGGGUUGUCAAUGGAUUUGGUUUUCAUCAUAAUGAUUAAUUAAGACAAUAGCAUGUGAUCAACUCUACACAUAGAUGGACC